UGGUAGUGAUAGUGGUAAUGCUGGUGGUGUUGGUAGCGGUAGUAUGUGGUUUUUCUGCUGGUGAAGAAAAGAAGAAACUUGAAUCGAACGAUUCACGUCAAUGUUGGCCCACAAGCUCACAGUUCCUCCCAUUAUGGGCUGCGUUUGUGAAACAAAUAAUUUUCGCCCUUUCGCCUGGAACUAGGCAAUCGGGAUAGUAUGCACCACACUUUCCGGGGGUCAUAUUUUGUUCAGCGCACCCAAAACCGUUCCAAACGGAAACCCCCUCACGAGAGCGCCAUGGAAUUAUGGGUUGCAAAAGGAAAAAGAGAACGAAGAAAUGCUGGAGUUCUUUUUGGUGUUUCGUGUCGUGACUGUCUCGCUCUGUCGGUCAUUCCCGCGAGGGCUUUACCCGUCUCUGUCACACCGUUGGGUGAAAAGGUUGCUUGAGCGUGUGUGUGUGUGUGUGUUUGUGCACUGGAGCUUCCUGUUGGUGUGCUCGCGUUGUGCAUGCGUGUGUGUUUUGUUGAUUCGAUUGGCAGUGUGUGUGUGUUGGUUACGAGCACGUAUGUGUGUAAUUGCUAUCCUUCUUGACGGCGACCGAUGUUUAUGGUGUACACGUAUAAGAGACGUAUGAGAACGCGCGCGCGCGUGUUUGUGUAUGUGUGUGUGUGUGGGUUGUUGGCAGAGUUGGUCGGAUUGGGAUGCGUGUGUGUGGUGUGGAGAUGCGGUUCUGGUCAUACAAAUUUACCCACAUUGCUAUAGUGUCGUGCGUUCUUGCCCUUUGCGUGCGUGUCGCGUGAAAAGUAAACGGGACGAGAAACAACGUUGUCAAACAAUGCAAAGCUAACCUCUGAACGAUUUGAAUGGCGGCCGAUAGUGACGGUGAUCAACAGAAACGGACAAACAGUAGUAGCAAGCGUAGAAAUGCCGGUAACGAAGGAAGCCGAAGCAGAGGCUGCACCAACAGCAGCAGCAACAGCAGCAGCAACAGCAGCAAUAGUGUCAGUGAAAUUCAAAGCAAUGACAGCACUUUAAAGGCGGUUGUCAUAUGCGAAGGGAACCUGCACGAUCCAGACUUUCCGGCACGACUCGAAAGCCUGGUAGAAAGUCUCACAACGCUGGUGGAGGAAAAACAGCCGGACGAGGGUGGAAAGGAAAAGUCCGAUUCCGGGAAGCUUACGGUCGAUAAGGUGGAACCAUGGAACAGUGUGCGAGUUACCCUCUCAAUACCGAAGGAAGCGGCGGUACGACUGCGGAGGCUCGCAGCCGAAGGAAACAGUGCACUACGGGCCCUAGGCAUUCUGUCGGUGCAGCUGGAAGGAGAGACGGUUCUAUCGUUGCGGUUAGCCGGGCAGCAGGAAAUUGUUUUGCGGACUGAUAACUCUGCGGUUGAUGGAGCGGUUGCAGGAAACAGCACUGGCGGUUUGGGUGAGCUGGCUCGGGUUUUGUCCCAGCAGCAACAGCAACCCCAGCCAAAUUCGUCGGGUGUCGUCUUGCAAGGGCAUUCCCAGGGUGUCUACGCUCAGCCAAUGAUUCCGGCGCAACAGCAGCAGCAGCAACAGCACCUGCUACACAUGCAACAACAGCACCAACUACAGCUGCAACAGCAACAGCUACUGCACGGCACUGCUGCUGUUGAUGGUUUGCCCGGUCCCAGUACCUCUAAAGUCGUCCAUCCAAACCUUCCGAAGCCUCUUAGCAAUGGUCCAUUGCCGAUGGACACCGUGGGCGCUAGUGGAGGCGGGAGCGGAAUAUUCAAAUCGCCAAACACUAUCUGCCCGAUGGACGGCAAGGUUCCAGCCCAUGUGCCAAAUGUGGUCGACGCCUGCGAAUAUCCGUUCGAAAGCAUGACACAAGCAAGGGUAAUACAGCGGCGCGAAAAUACGCUCGGAUUAAACAGCAGCGGUGGGGCGGUAACGGUUGGUCCGUCCAUUGCCCCGGUGUCCGGUGUCGGCAUAGGAGCAGUGAAACAACCAUCGAAUGGUUCGUUUGUACCACCGGUAGGCACUGGUGCAGUUCCACCACCGCCGCCAUAUCAAUCCGCCGUCGGCACUGGAAGCGUUGUAGCGAAGGAGAACCUGGCAGCUGCUGCUCCGGCUGCGGUCGUCGGAACCACGAUGCCCAUUCCGGUGGGCACGGCAAGCGCGGGCAACAAUGUGGCCAUGUCCAGUCCAUUGCUGGUGAAUUUGCUACAAAAUGAAAACAGCCAGCAGCAAGCCGGUCCAUCCCAGCAGCAGCAGCAACAGCAGCAGCAGCAGCAACAGCAGCAGCAGCAGCAAUUGCAGCAGCAGCAAUUGCAGCUGCAGCAACAGCAACAGCAGCAGCUGAUGCGCAGUGUAGGACAGCCGAUUUUGAAGCAGGAACUGCUGAUUGCCAGUGGUACUGGGGGUGGAGGUAUGGUGAAGAGCGGGGUCAUUCCAAACAUCCCACCGUCGGCGACGAUGUUGUCGCAGCAAGCUGUCGGCGGCGGUAGUCCGAUAGUGCCGAGUGACAAUGAUACAAGUGUGCACGGUGUCGUGAUGGGAGGUGGAGCUCUCAAGAGUGGUAGCACGGUGAACCAUCAAGUAGUGAGUGUAAAUCAGCAGCAGCAGCAACAACAUCUAGUGCAUCAUCCAGUGAUUGGCGGGGCAUCCACGAUGGGCGCACCCAUGGUUUCGGCUAGGGCCGCUACAGUUUCGGUCGUUGCUCACCAGCAACAGCAGCAGCUGACGUUAGUGAACAGUGGCAGUCCUUUGCGUGGGGCUGCGCCCACAACAGUGCCAGGUGUGUCUGGCGUAAUGCUCAGUGCUAGUAGUGUGAAUAGAAGUAACAAUAUGACUGCGAUGACAGCAGCAGUGACCACAGGUGCUGUGUCAUCAGCAACCAAUAGUAAUGACAGUAACAGUAACAAUCAGAGUGUGUUGAACGUGUCGCCUUCUUCUCUAGUAACUCCACCAUUGUCAGUGCCUUCAAAUAGCAACAGCAGUAGUAGCAGCAACACCACCUCCACCAUGAACACCAUUAAGAUGCAAAGAUAUAGCCUCGUGGCGGGUCCAUCGACGAGCGGUGGACCUGUGGCGGUGGGGAUUGGCCCGGCCGUGAGAGCUCCACAGCAGCAGCAGCAGCAGCAGCAGCAGCAGCAGCAGCAGCAGCAGCAGCAACAUCAACAACUCGCGAUACCCAGUGGAGGUGGCGGUGGCAAUGUUAUGCUAGCCGCUAACAAUCGAGCACCUGUGAUGGGACCACAGUCGUCGCAUGGUCAUCCUCAGGGAAUGCGGCCACCCCCGUCUCCAACAGCGUUCCAGCUGCAGGACCAAAUGCAAAUGCAGCAGCCACAACAUUCCCAGCAGCAACUGAACCGUUUUCCAGUUCAGCAGCAGCAACAGCAACAGCUACCUUUUCGACAGCCAAAUCCAAUGCCACUAUCGCAUCAACAGCAACAGCAACAGGGACUGCAAUCAGUCGGUUAUACUCAACGGUGGCCAACGCUACCAAUGGAUUCGGCCACCAAGUCAGGCUACCAGGAGUUUGCACGCUUUCAGAUGCAGUACAAUCUCAGUCAACAACAAUUGAACAAGCCCACAGCGGCGUUGGGACAACCGCAACAACAACAACAAUCCCAUUCGCUGGACGGCGUUUCACCAAGCGUUGCCACGUCCCCAAGCGUUGGUGCCGAUUCGCUCGAGCUAGGCAAUUGUCUGGUUGAUCUGCCCGAUCUGGCAAAGAACGACCUGGAUUCGUUGCUACCGAGCGAUCUGGACAGUGCAUUUCUCGACACUAAGCUGGACGAUCUAGACGAUCUGGAUCUGAUGGAUCAGCAGCAGCAUCACCACACGCUGCUCGGUCCAGCGUCGUUGCAACAGCCGGCUGAUAUUUCGACUGUCCCGGGUACACUGCUUGGUGGUGCGUCCGUGAAUCAGGCGGUGGCUACUGGACUUUCCGGGCUGCCGAUGGGCGCUCCCGGCGGUGGUGGAACGACGUUGAGCGAUGCGCAACUGCGCGAGCGCCGGUGGAAGGCACAGCUUCUGAUCAACCCGCUAACGGGCGAGCUGGAAGAAACGCAAGUGGAAGAGGGUACUGAAGAAUCGGAAAACGGUGGCAAAGCAGGUGGAAGGCAGAGCAGCAAGAUGGGCGCGGUUCGUGGAAACGAUUUCCCCCCCGAGAUCCCUAACUCACUCUAUUCGGACGACGACACUACGGGCAGCGUUGGUGGGCUUUCCUCGUCGCGGCUAUUUUCGGAUGCCAGCGAUUCGGAACGUCCGUCGCCUUCUACAGCUGGUUCAGUAGCGAUGGAUGCUGGAAGCUUAGCACCGGGCAGUAACGCCAACAUGGGCAAUGCUGUGUAUGGUGGUGCUCCCAUUGUCCCUUCAACAUCCGUUGCUACCGGAAGUGGUAUUGGUAGCAAUGUGACCAGUUCCGCCAAUGUCGCUGUACCGCAGAUGGUGGUAAGCACAGGCAAACCGGUGAAACAUAAAAAGGAACGCGCGAAACCUGUAAAGGCCAAGGACAAGCUGAAGUCUCCGGUAGCAGCCAAGGACAAGCCCAAGGAAAAAACGAAAGCAUCGCUUAAGACGGUUGUCAAGCAAAAGGCGAAAGUUCUAUCCACCUCAGUGCUGUUAGUAGACGCAGCUGGGUCAGGUGAUUCGCCGAGUAAAAACGGCACGGAACUCAAGUUGCGGCUGAAGCUUGAAAAACCAGAUUCCAUUGGCGUACGCGAAAGCGGCCUUGGCUCCCGUUCCGGUGGAAUAAGUGCUCUACCGCCAUCAUUAACGGUUGCAUCGACCGGAAGUAUGCCUGCUGCGUCGGCAAACGCAUCGGUGGACAGGUUAACGGUAGACAGCGAUGGCACAGCGUUGCUGACGUCGCUACAGUUAAAUCCUGCUUCCCAAUCUCAGCAAUUCAUCGCUGCAACGUCGGUCCCCUCGGCAGUCACCAACGCCAUGGGGAGUAUCAGCGGUGGCAGCAGCUUUGUCUCUGUCCCGGCCCCGCUGGUUGCCAAUGCGGCGGGAAACAGCGGAAAUACCGGUAGCACAAACAGUAUCGGCACUGCUGUGCAGACUUCAUCUCCAGCAGGCGAGGAGUUGCGAGUGCCUCCGUUGCACAUUAGCUUACGGGGUAAGAAUUCCGUGGUGAUCAAGAACUCCCGCAAAGAUCGUAAGAAAAGCCAGAGCGGUGGCGAAGAUGACAGCAGUGACGGUGGUGGUGUUGCGAAACGAUCCACCUUCAGCAAACGUAACUCCAUUGACCUCAACGCACCAAUCUCGAGCAUGGUGGCCGUAACGGCAGGCCCAACAGUAUCAUUAUCCCCACCUGCUUAUCAAAACCACACUGCUGGAUCGUCCAAAAUGACUGUCUCCGAUGUGCAAUCGAGCACCGACCAGACAAGCGAGGCACAAUUAGGCUCGCAGAAGCGAGCCGCAUCAGAUGCAGGGCAUAGCAAUGCGACUGCUACUGGAGGCAGCAGCGGCAGCACAUCCUCUGCCGGACACAGUCCGAACGGAUACGUCUGUCCGGAGAAGAAGCGAAGACUCAGUAACGGUGGCAGCAGCAUAAGUCUAACCGCGAGUGGUGGUACCAUUGCGGCGAGCACUGUAUCGACUGUAUCCGGCACGAGUAUAGACAACACCGCCAGCAGCAACAGCAGCAGCAGCGGUGCAGAAACAGCGUCCACGCCAACAACCGUAACUACCAGUGUGCAGGAAAUUAAUGACAUCUACGAGUCGAUCGUUACAACCAGUGAGAGCGUACCGAUUGGUUCGACCAACGUCGGCACAGUACCUCCGACAAACUUGCUCCAAUCGGCUACAAAAAACUCCAAGAGCUCCGGUGCGAAUAAUGCUAACAGCAAUGGCAGCAACAACAUAAACAAUAACAAUAUCAAUAUUAACAAUAAUGGUGGCAGUUACGGUAAGACUCAAAAAAAUCUCGUCAAAGCUUCGGUAGAUGGGGUUGCUGUGGGUGCGGCCACUGCGCCUCAGUCGCAACCGGCUACCGUGGAUGCCCUUCCGUCGGCUGCGGAAGACUGUAAGAAAGGAGAUAGUGCAGCUGUAACGUUAGCUUCAUCGCCUUCAUCCUCAGCGGAAGCGGCGUCCGUCAAUUCAGGCAGCACUACAGCCGAACGCAACAAUAUCAUCACUACCACCAUCAUCACCACAACGGCCACCAAUACAACCACCACCACAACAUCUACCUCAAGUGAGAAAUCCUCCACUGUUUUGGAAAGUCAUCCUUCAGGGCAGCAACAUUGCGGAGAAGAAGAAUCGCCACAGCAAAAUACGCUAAAUAAAAUUAACACCAGCAUUGUACAUCACGAUCAUCAGCAUCACCAUCAUCAUUCGGAUCAGGAGCAUCAUAGUAAAAACCGACCACCGGAGCAGUUGCUGGUAGACGUACCGUUGGAGGACAGUGGAAAGAAUAGCAAACAGCAGGACAGCAACACUGCGGAUGGUGCCAUUGCCGAUGUGCUCCCAUUGGACGCCCCACCACCGACUGCUGCAGAGAAGGGUACGAAUCCGUCGUCUACGUCCAGUUCGCCCCAUUCUCCUGGCACGGCAAACGCUGUGUGCACUACCGCUGGUAGUGCCAGCUCGACGGGAACGAUGGCAACUGCAGCGACGGUAGCGGCGGGCGUUGUAUUGGGUGUAAAUCAUCAUUUGCUUGGCCAUACGAAUGUCCGGGGCUCACCAGGAUCUCAGGCGCAGGGUGAGGAUAGUGGCAUUGAAUCGAUGGAUGCACUGUCGGAGAAAAGUCCCCAUCAGCUGUCAUCGCAUAGCCCGCAGGGCUCGCAUAGCAGCAGUGGCACAGGCAGUAACGUGAUGAACAGCAGUAGCAGUACAAACAGUAAUAGCAGCACGCUAGAAGGAAAGCAAAUGCCUUCCGUUGAUAGUCCACAGUGUGAUGAAAAAAUGCUUGAAGGAAACGGUGCGGAUGUUGUUGCCGUGCGGUCAGAGAAAAGCGGUUCACCUAAGGACGGAAAAGAGCUGGCCACUACACCAUUGUUGGAUGGCAGUAUGGAGCACUACAACGAUAUUGAGGCGGCGUUGGCAAAGAUGGAGGGUUUAAAUGACCUCGCGGUCGCGAUUAGCUGCAGUGGUGCCGAUGCGAAGCUAAAUGGCGAUCAUUCUAUACUGCUAAAGCCGGGAGAUUUGCUCGAUCACAAUCAUCACGAAACUCUGGAGAGCAUGGAUCAGACGAAUCUGAGAAAAAUUCUUGACAUAGACGUCGAAGAUGAUAGAAAGCAGCAGAGUAUUAUUGACCCUGAAAGUCUAUUGAACGAUGUCACCCACUUGAACACCAAUCAGUCAUCGGAGGAAAAACAGGGCAUUAAGUUGACGAAAGAUGACGAUACAAAGAUACAGAACCACCACCAGCAUCAGCAACAACAGCAGUUACUUUCCGAUACUACGAUGAUUAAGAAAAAAUCCGUUGCAGAAAAACGUGAUGCCAUCGGGAGCAGCAAGACUAAAACAUCUGUAAAAGCGGCAGGCGUUGCUGGCAGAGAAAAGCAUACACAGCAGCCGCAGCAGCAGCAGCAAUCACAACAGUCCCAGCAGUCUCAGCAGCACUUGUCUCCAUCUGAAUCCAUCGAAACGGAAGGCAAACUACUCGCUAAGCACAUUGUUGGCAACAACAAUCUUCCGGAAGAGGAACACAAAAUGUCACCGGUCACCACAAAUGCAGCUCUCGAUGCGAAAGUGUCCAGCGAUGUUGACGGAAGCAUCUCUGCAACACAAAAAAGUGUCGAUGAAUGCGGCAACAAUAGUAAAAAUAUCCCUAGUGUGAAAAGCGAAUGUGAUAGUAAGGUAAUAAUGUUAGUGGACGAUAAAAAACUCUUAGUUAAGUCUGAUCCCGACGAGGCUAUCGUUAGUAGUGUAAAGAAGAGUUUAAGAAAAUCUUCUGACGAACGGCAGUCAGUUACCGUUGUCGCCACGGCUACCACACCGGCUGUUUGUACUGCUGCUGCUGCUGCUGAUGCUGUUGCUGUUGCGCCAGUAACCGCCGAGACCACCACCUCCGUUACUGAGAAGCUUGAAUCAUCGUCAUCAUCAUCAUCAUCUCCGACGCCUACAGCUGCGCAGCCAUCUGCCACGGCAAGUCCGGUCGAAAUGAAAGCGGAUCCAAAAAGUCCUGAUUCGGCUGAUCCGCACAUCGAUCUGAAACCGCGUCAUGAGCAACCACCGCUGUACAGUUAUUCCAGUGAAAAAGCGCGUGAAAGACGUACGGCCGCUGCAGCUAGUGAUGGAAUUCAGUCUUCAGCUAAUGGGAGCGCUCGGAGUGAUGCAAGAUCUCGUAGAAACUCGUCCGUGACAUCGUUACCUGCCGAGGGUAGUGAGACCCAUCCAUCGGUUGAUUCUGAGAACGAGUCGCCUAGUAGAGCACCAGCGAGUAAAAAGUCACCAUCGGCAAACAGCACUGGCAUGGAAGACGAUAAUACCACUAUUGGAGGGAGUAGCACACGCACCUCGAAAGCAAGCGAACAAUCGGGAGCUUCGAGCAAAAGUGCCGCCGAUGGUCAUUCGACAUCCGAACAGCAACAGGGUAAGGAGAUGCUAACUCAGCUCUCCAUUGAAAUCCCAUCGAACUCGGAUAGUGGAGAACAUCGGAUUCGGACUCGCGCAUCCAGCAAAUUGGAGAGUCCGCUGGAGCUUCCACCACGCCAGAGUCCGUCAGCGGCAACCUCAGUGGGACAUGAUUCGCAUGGUUCCUCUGCUGUUGCAACCACUGGAGCAGGAGCCAGCAACGCCACCCACUCAGGGAGCAGUGCAAUAUCUGCGUCUAAAAAUUGUAGCUCAGCAGGAACGGCUGGCGGUACUGCGAAGCAAAACGCUUCUGCUGUCACGUCCAACGCUGCCGGGGGCGGCAGUGUAGCCACAGCAGCCGGUGCCACUAUUGGCAAUGAUCGGCAAAGCCCUAAAUCGGCUGCAAAUGCGAUCCGACCGGCAGCCGCGAACAAACGGAAACGGCAAGGGUCGGAGAGCUCCAACCAGUCCGGAGUUAGCGAUGAUAUUCCGACGCGUGCCAAGAAGUCCCGUAAAGCAACGACAGCUACCGACCCGGGCACGGCCGUCCAUUCCGAAACGCCGAAGCCUGCGCUACGAAGAUCGGCAGAUAAUACGCUCGCCAAGGGUCGCAUGUCGAGAAAGGCGGCCAAUGCGGCAGCCGCUGCUGCUGCCGCGGCAGCAGCCGCCGCUAGUACAGCACCACCGACGGUUACUAUUGUUGCGGAUUCCUCCGACAGCGAUGAACCUUUGAUCGAAAUCGCGGGUAAAGCUCGAAAUUCUAAACUAACCUCCAAACUCAGCUCAACUUCUACCACUAGCAAUGCUACUACUUCUCCUACCAUACAAUCUUCUACUGCUACUUCUUCUAUUACUACUUCUACUAUCGAUUCUACUACUGCUACCACGACCAUCAAUACUAUUCGCAACAACAACCACACCAACAACAACACUUCGACUACAAAUUCUACUUCAUCUUCCUCAACCUCGUGUAAAAUCCUAGCAGCAGCCGCAGCAGCCGCAGCAGCAACUGGUUCUGGAGAUAAAGGUGCUCAUUCCGCCGUUUCGUCCGGUGCCAGUGAAAGCACUAUACCACCGUCAUCCGCCUCGUUGCCGAAGGGGACUGCACCCACAACGAACCAGUCGACAAGUGGGGGUGGUGGUAGUGGCGAGAAAGAAAAAUCACUUCGCAACCAUCACAGUAAGAAUGCGUCCGGUGUCAAGCAGCAGGGUGGAAUUGCGCCACCGCCGUCUUCCACAGCAUCGUCUCCUGAGUUGACCACGAGCACCAUGACAGCUGCAUCUUCCAUCACACCCACCUCGAAUGCCACUGGUAGCAAUGGACCCACGCACAACGCCAAUGCGAGUCCCGGCAGUGAUAGUGCUGGCGGUGGUGGUGGUGGUACGCAAAAAUCCGCCACAAACAGCAUUGGUGGUGUACCCUCAACUCCUGCAACGGUGGGUACUUCUGCGGAUGAGAAAAUCAGUACACGACGCAGCGUACGCAUGACGUCAUCGACGCUUUCCACGGCGGCGAUGAACAAUAAGGCAAAGGCUGCGGCGAAUGCUUUGCUUCAGCAGAAUUCCACCGCUGCUACAACCAACAACAUCGACAGUAACCAUCACGGGAAUAGUACCACUGUCAAUAAUAAUGCCGUGGUGAACGAUGUUGCUGGAGCUGGCGGUUUAUCAGCUGCCGCGGCCGGUCAUGCGGACGGAGCCUCAUCGGGUGGAUUGAGUUCGGGCGGAGCCAAUGGCAAUCAUAGCAGCAAAGUGGUAAAUCAUGUGAACCAUCAUCACGUGGGAACCGGUUUGAAGGGGUCCGGAACUUCGGGUGGGGUAGAGGCCAUCGAAACCGGGACUGCGACAGAGCUGCGCCGUAAAACGAGAAGUGCAGCUGGACUCGAAGUCACCGUGACUGAGGGACGUCGAAGAAGGAUCUCCCGAGAUAGCAAGUGACCAACAGUUUGCGCCUCAGCCGCUAGCGACGAUGAGCAACGCUAUCGGCAUAGGCCAGAAGGUAUUAUUACCUGUGCCCGCUGCAACUGUGUCGAUGAUCAUCAUCGUAACGAUUGUCUGACGAGUGUCCAUUGCACGGCGGUCAACAAUGUUGGGCCAGUUUCAAGUGGAACUGUUGUGAUGGAAGGUGAAAGUGCUGAAACUGAAGACGGGCAGCAGUACUUUGCUGAGCAGAAUGAAGUGACGGUCGUGGAGUGUAACGAUGUUGAUCAGAGCGGCAGUGAUGCAAGCUGGCACGUCGAUGAAUCUGUUGGCAUGUUGCAUAAAGAAGCUGAGGCGCAAAAUCUACGCGAAGUGGCGCGGAAAAGAGGCGUAAAAGCAGAGAUGACAAAGCCAACCCCUAGCUGCGCCGCCGGUAAAGCGCUGUUGAAUGGUGGAGAUAAUGCUUUGGCUGCGGGAUCCGGCACUUUGACGUGUCGUAAUGAUGAUACUGCUGGUACAGGUGACCAAGUACGAUCAGCGGCGAAGGAAACCGGAGGCAACGCGGAGGACGAAGAUUCGUACGCCAGUGAAAUCAUUCUCACGACUAACAGCGACUGCAGCCUAGACGAGUUCGUGUCGUCGGAUGACGAUAGUAACCUGGAAAUAUCUGUGGUAACUAUUUCACUAUACUGAAUGUGUGGGUAAGGAAAUGAAAGUGAAGGAGAAUGCAAACGGGAUACAGAACCUUUGUGUUUGCAUGUAAUUAGGGUAACAACGAAUACCCUGUUUCUAAGGAUUCCAGUGCUCUAUGUUUUUUUGUGUAGUGUGAUUCCGUAAUUUUAAUUCUUUGAUUUUGAACCAUUUUUAAUUGUUUCCCCUUUGUGUAUGAGUAUAGCAUUGUACUGUGUUUUGUACAAUUCAUUUUUUGAAAAAAGAAAAAAAAAAGAUAUAUUUAUUUUUCCCCUUUUAUGUGAACGCUUCAAUCAUAUUGAUGCUUUAUUCGUUCUAUUGCUGCGUUGUCUCGGAUUGCGACAUGCGAUAUGAGUUAUCCGAGCGGAUUGGAAUUGUGAUUUCGUUUUGUCAGAGUUUGAUGAUCGAUAUCUAGUAAAACCCGAUGGAAAAUCAACAUUUGAUGAAAGCACACCUUCAAAAACUCAAAACAAAAACAAAAUACAACACAACUUUUGGCUUACCUAAUAAUGGCAGCAAGCAUGCUUAAUAUAAGAGAGCUGCUGUUGGAAAAAAGUGUCUUAUAAAUAGCGUUAGGGAUAUAAGAGUCAUGAUGAUAAAACCAAACAAAAGAUUAUUGCGCCUGAGGGUCCUUAAAAUUUGCUAACCAAGAACCAAGUUAAUGAUACGAAAAACAAACAUUAGGUACCACAUAGGAAAACGAAGUUUUUUUUCGCAUCUGGUUUGCUGUCGAAAUCGGAGGAUGGCGGGUUGGGGAAAUGGUGAGGAAAUUAAAUAUAGCAGAGAGCGAUGAACAUCGUUUACAAAUGUGCAAGUGGCUGGAGUUAGAUUGUGGCGGGGAAAAGUGUGGAUCAGUAUUGUACCUUCGCGUCAUUGAGCGACGUCAACUUAUACGCCAUCGUUUACACUCAAAGCUCAAAACGGUUCGCUUACUUUUUAAAUGUAAAAAACCUAUUUUGUUUUUUUCUAUGUCUCAUCUCUGAAUGAUACCAAUUGCAAAUGGCAUUGGUAAAAUCCGAUCGUUUAAAUUGCACCUCCAAGAUGAUCUGUCUUUGAACACUCGUAUAUUGAUUUAGAAUGGGAACCCUUACCUUUUGAUCUCAAGGUGCGUUGAGCUAGGUUUUGUUUAGUAAUACACGCGGAUUUAAAAUGGAACAAGCGAAACGGAUACUACAGAAUCACACAAACAAACAAACAAACAAACAAAUAAAUAAAAACACACACACACAUAUUUUUUUUCUCUCCUUGCAAAACACACACGCAACACUGACGCGAGGGUGCGUAAGAAUAUAAGGCACUAUUAAUUUCUUAUGCAAACGACUUUAAUAAUACUUGCUGCACGCGCCCUAUGUGGAAAGGAAUCGCUCGAAAAUGCUUGUCAUUAUGCUAAUAUGUGCAAUAAAGAACCCCCGGAUAUCAAAGGCCAGGGGUAUAUAGAAGGAGAUGAUUGUAGUGAUGUUGAGCAUGCAUUAAAAUCUUUGCUAAUCAACAUGUGAGACUGUUUUUAUUUGAGCGAUUCUCGAAUACAAAUGAUCAUUUCUCGAGCUUUGAGAGUGCAUGUGUAGUGGAUAAAAAACGAUGCUUUUGGUUUAAACAGGACGAGUCGAUUUGUGUGUGUGUGUUUUUUCUUUCAUCUCUGUUGCAAUGCUGUUCUUUUAGAACAGAUAAAUCAUCUUUCAGUAAUUCGAUACGGAAACUGGUUCAAAACAGGGGGAGCGUGGUGUUUCUACAACUGAAGUAUAAGCUGGGCUCGAUCUGUUAAACGGUCAGAAUGAGAUAACAUAUGGUGGGACAGAGGCAACAAGUAGAACACAUGUUAGAAAGCAAGAUAAUAAUACACAAAAACAAUUAAAAAAACACAGACACGUACAUAUUCACAUAAAAAAACACUCAAAAUAUCGCUACAAUAGCACACGUUAGCAGCAGACGCGUCAACACAUUAAUGCACGUUUAGUGCACACAGCAAGGGAGAAAGAGGGUAAUGAGCGGAUUAGAAAAAAAAAACACGAUUAUAGUUUAAAAUAAUUUAUCCGUAUUAUGUUUAGUUGAAUGUGCGCGGCGUCGGGGGAGUAAGUGCGUUGAGCGCGUUUUGUGAACGAACCGCAUUGGGUUUGGCUGGUGCGGCGGUGGUAUGUAGUAAACAGAAGCGGAUGGUAGAAUUAGUUUGGGGAGGGAAAUUGUCGAUGCAUCCAAUCGUCAGGUCGGACAGCCAGUCAACUAGAGUGCGUUAGAAGUGUGAUCAGAGAUCGUUCUGAAGAUGUAUGGAUGUAUGACGAUGACGAUUUAGCCAGUCGGCGCGGUACAGUGAACAGGGGGUUAAUAUAAAACAAAACAAACGAGGGGAGGGAGAUAUUUGUAAUGAUGAGUGCAGGAAUGCUGCAGAGCUUAAAAUUUGAUUGUGUAUAUAUAGGUUUAUUAUCAAGUAUAGGUGCACAGCAACAAGUAAUAUUGAGGGAAAAAGUAAUCCGUUCUAAGGACGGUCACAGAGUUUUUCUCCAUAGCCCUCCUUACUUUGUUUGUUUAGUAAACAAUAUGCACACAGCAGACCCAUUUUCACACACUUUCUCUCUCUCUCUCUCUCUCUCUCACACACACACACACACAUACACAUACACAUACACACACACACACACACACACACAUACACACACACACACACACACACACACACACACACACACACACACACACACACACACACACACACAUACACACACACACACACACAGGGAGAGACGAAUUCUUCAUACUACACGUACUAUAAAGUCAUUCGUUCACUGAUACGGUUAAUAACUCACUACUCGACAGGAUGAAGCUAACAGCAGCUAACGUGCUAGUGUUGUCGUAUAAGCAUUGGCGCUGGGUCGGAAACGAGUAUAUGGUGUACUGCCAUUGCAGUGUAAACCCGGUUAUAUUGCACACACGGUAGCAGAGAGAAAGCUACAGCACACAUCAUACCUAUUCAGCUUCCGACGGUAUUUGGCUCGUGGAAGAGGUAAUCGAUACGAUAGGACGAUAAGAGUAGGUUAUUUGUGCGGUUAAAUGUGCGUAUCGAUCAUGCUCAUGUUUGCUCGAUCGUAUACGAAGCACAGACACAUUAGUUUGGUUUUACACGCUUCGGCAUUCAUGUUGUAUUCGAAAGAAUUGCUAGCAUAGAUUUGCGAACUAAUCAUGCUGCAUGUGCCAGCUGCCACAGUGCAAAUAAAGAAACAAAGAAUAUCCGCUCCAUUUUGUUGUACAAUGUCAAACGACUUUAUUCGCAUCAUCAUCAACCCUCACGUAUGGCGAAUGGUAGUGUGCUCUCUAUAGAUCUUAGCGCUGACACAUUUAGGGACAUGAUCAGCACGAUCGGCGACGAAGGCUUCAUGUUUCAUUUUUCUUCCGACGGAAGCUGCUUGUUCGAACUCUUCCGAAUGAUAAAAUUCAUUAAUUCUUGAAAUAGGCCAAACUUAGCUAGCUAUCUGUGUGUGUGUGUGUGUGUGUGUGCGUGAGUUCCCAGAUUUUCCCUUCCUAAUUGUGCUUGAAUGUGCAACAAAAGUUGUAUUUCUUUGUGUAUGGAAGAGAGCAUACGCAUCGUUGCUGGUAGGAAAGGACCAAAAAGAUUGAGAAUACGGUGAAACAGAAAAAAACAGAGAUAAAUAUAAGUAAUCUGCAGAUGAAAGGGCUCUUUAGUCAACGCGAGUUAAAAGAGGGCUAGACAUUCUACAGUACACCUAUAACCUUAUCUUUCUGAGCAAGCAGACAACUAUGUUCUGCCGGGAUUUCCGUCUCCUCCUUCUUGUGACCAUGGUUGAUCACACUGUGUUGUUUGCGCUGGUUUUUUGUUGGAGUUUUAUGUUGCUGUAAUAUAUCGUUUUCAUUGCCAUAUAAGUUGCGCGCACCAUUCAUUAGUGACACAACCUCUUGACGGGCGGACGGGAACGUACACAGAACCACGUUCUGCUGCCGGGUAAUGGGUGUUAUAGGAAUGGGAAAACAUUAUGGGUCGAUCACACAUAUGCAGAGGAAUGUAAGUGCACUUCCACGGAAGCUCGCACAUCCCGCUUUGCUGCAAGGACACAGAAGCUUAUAUUAUGCGUAGCACAGAUUAUACAAACAUUAACAUUCACAAAAAUACACCUCAUAACACACACACACACCCAACAUUCAUACACCCACAUACCACCCACCCCGAACGGAGAGUAGGAAAAGAAUAAAAUGUGUAGGACGCGUUCGUACGAGCAUAUUUAUACAUAUGUAUAUGCAGAGCAAUAUACGGUAUGUACGGUAUGUGUAUAGGUAUAUAUCUAUAUAUAUAUGUAUAUGGGAUGCAUAAGAAAACAAAUGAUAUGCGAAUGAAGUAGAAACAAGGGAAACAGACACCACUCUGUAAGUGGCGAAUGGUAAAAAAAAACAUAAGCAUUAAGCAUUGUAAGUAUGAUAAUAGACAACGGUACACACAAACACUUGCACCGUAUAGUGCUAGCAGGAAAAAGAGCAUCAAUAAAAAUGCAUAAGUCCACUAAAAAACACCCGGAUACGAACGCGCGCCCCCUUCAUCCCCCAUUCAGCAAAACACGUGAAAACCCCGUAAGGAUAACAAUUGUAAUAUUUGUAGAUUUGUUUGUGAACAGGUUGAUAAUCUAAGCUCUAUACAUAUAAAUAUUGUUGAAUAGAUAUAUCAUACAAUUGUGUUAAAAAAAGAACAGAAAAGUUGUUUUAUUUUAAAAAAGAAGUACACAAAACCUGGAUAAUAAUGAAUAAAAUAUAAAUAAAUGAAUAAUGAAACAAAA